AUGGCGGAGCGCAUGGCAGCACGUUUGGCUGCUCAGGAAGAACAAAUAGAACUGUUAAGCAAUGAAAUUACAUGGCUCCGUGAUGGAAUCUGUGGCGGACAGGACAUAUUCAAGGCCUUGGCCAGCAGCCCGGAGCUGGAGGAGCUUCGGACCGAGAACGAGAAACUGAAGUACCGGCUGAUCCACCUCCGGCGGGGUCUGCGGGAGGAGCUAGCUUCAGAAGCGCGGCAAGGCCAGGCACCGGCUAAGAAAGGCCAAGACAAAAAGGAGAAAGCAGUGAGGGAAAAUAAAAAAAACAAUAUUCAACAGAACCACACCCAACACAAGCCUGCAUCUUCUGAGGCCAAACCAGCUGAUAAAAGCAAGAAGGAGAAAGCAGGAGGACAGAAAGGAGCUGUGGAGUUAAGCCCCUGGCCCAGCUACAUACCAGAGCGUCUGACACUCUUUGAGGAGCUGAAGAAGGAGAAUGAUGCCCUGCUGGCAAAGCGUGCUGCGGAGAGCCAUCCCAUCUCAGUGGUGCUGCCAGAUGGGCAGAAAGUGGAGACACAGGCCUGGGUGUCCAGCCCCUACCAGAUAGCCUGUGGGAUCAGCCAAGGUCUUGCGGAUAACUCUGUGAUUGCCCGUGUGGACGGAGAGCUCUGGGACCUAGACCGGCCUCUGGAGAAGGACUGCUCUCUGGAGCUGCUGCGCUUUGACAAUGAUGACGCCCAAGCUGUCUAUUGGCAUUCCAGUGCCCAUAUCCUGGGGGAAGCCAUGGAGAGGUUCUAUGGGGGCUGCCUCUGCUAUGGACCUCCGAUAGAGAAUGGUUUCUACUAUGACAUGUUUCUGGAUGGACAGAGUGGUGGUGUGUCGAGCUCAGAGUUUGGGGAUCUGGAGUCCAUCUGUAAAGGCAUAAUGAAGGACAAGCAGCCCUUUGAGAGGCUGGAGAUCAGCAAGGAGACCCUGUUACGCAUGUUUAAGUACAACAAGUUCAAAUGCCGCAUCCUAAAUGAGAAGGUUACCACCCCCACCACAACAGUUUACAGAUGCGGGCCAUUGAUUGACCUGUGUCGAGGACCCCACGUUAGACACACUGGGAAGAUUAAAGCCUUAAAGAUCUACAAGAAUUCCUCCACAUAUUGGGAAGGACGCUCUGACAUGGAGACCUUACAGCGUAUCUAUGGAAUCUCCUUCCCAGACUCCAAAAUGCUGAAGGAAUGGGAGCGCUUCCAAGAGGAAGCCCGGAACCGAGACCAUCGCAAGAUCGGAAAAGAACAGGAACUCUUCUUCUUCCAUGACCUCAGUCCAGGCAGUUGCUUCUUCCUCCCCCGAGGGGCCUACCUCUAUAACACCCUCACAGAAUUCAUCAGGGAGGAGUACUGCAGACGAGGCUUCCAGGAAGUGGCCUCACCUAACAUCUACAACAGCAAGCUGUGGGAGACCUCUGGCCACUGGCAGCACUACAGUGAGAACAUGUUCUCCUUCCCCGUGGAGCAGGAUAUCUUUGCUCUGAAGCCCAUGAACUGCCCUGGUCACUGUUUGAUGUUUAGCCAUCGGCCCCGGUCAUGGCGAGAGCUGCCUCUCAGGCUGGCUGACUUCGGGGUCCUCCAUCGUAACGAGCUGUCGGGGACACUCACUGGGCUCACCAGGGUGCGACGCUUCCAGCAGGACGACGCCCACAUCUUCUGCACCAUGGAACAGAUUGGGUCCGAGAUGAAAGGUUGCCUGGACUUCCUGCGCUGUGUCUAUGACGUCUUCGGCUUCUCCUUCCAACUCAACCUCUCCACACGUCCAGAGAAGUAUCUGGGUGACAUUGCUGUGUGGAACCAAGCUGAAAAGCAACUGGAGGAUAGUCUAAAUGAGUUUGGGGAACCGUGGAAACUGAACCCAGGCGAUGGAGCUUUUUACGGACCCAAGAUCGAUAUUAAGAUUAAAGAUGCUAUUGGGCGCUACCACCAGUGUGCCACCAUCCAGCUUGACUUCCAGCUUCCGAUCCGCUUCAACCUGACCUUUGUAGGGAAAGAUGGAGAUGACAAAGCUCGACCUGUCAUUAUUCACCGGGCCAUCUUAGGCUCAGUGGAGAGGAUGAUUGCCAUUCUCACUGAGAACUAUGCUGGGAAGUGGCCGCUGUGGCUCUCCCCACGGCAGGUGAUGUUUGUGCCUGUCAAUCCUUCCCUGGAGGACUAUGCCAAAGAGUUAUGUAAGCGGUUUGUGGAAGCAGGCUUCAUGGCAGAUGCCGAUCUUGACUCAGGCUGUCUCUUGAACAAGAAGAUCCGCAACGCCCAGCUUGCGCAGUACAAUUUCAUCUUAGUGGUUGGCGAGAAGGAGAAGAUGACUAACACCGUGAAUGUGCGCACCAGAGACAACAAAGUGCACGGAGAGCUCUCUGUCGAGGAGGUUCUAGCACGGUUGACCCUGCUGAAGCAGUCGCGUUGCCGGAACGCAGAGGAGGUGUUCUGAACUGGAGCCGGACCAGCGCCUCGUUAGACACCAUGUGUGCCGUUGAGUCACCACUCGAGUUUACCAGUGACAUUAGACAGGGAGACAUCUUAAUCUAAAAUAGGAAUAGGUGCGAUUUUCUUUUUGUCUUUUUUUUUUUUUUGUGAACACAGAAAGGAAGCGAGGUGGGCAAAAGGUCUAGUGAGGUCAUUUUUUGAGAAAGGAGACACAAAGGAUACCUUUGACUGUAAGGUCAUUGUACUUCCUCUGUAGAGAAGAAAUUGUAUCCAUUUGACUGACUAGCCAUUGUGUUGUCAGAUUGCUUUGGAGAAAUACUUAAGCUUAACUGGGACACUGAAACACAAUGGCUAUCAGAUCAACUGGGCAAUAUCAAUCAUGAAGGGAAUGGCACGGAGUCAGUAAGAUAAAAUCAUGUUGUGUUCAAAGACAGAUGCACAUUUAUAUUGAAUUAAUUUUGUGUAUGUCAAUGAAGGAUUUGUAUUUAAGCUCUGUCUCCAUGUAAUUGUUGUGCUUCUGGACCUUUGAAAUAAACCUUUGACCAUUAUGCUCA